GUUUACAUCGUGGCCAGCAGGGAGGGACAACAGCUGGCGGGUGGCGGACACAGGAAAACAGGAAAAACAAGCCCCCAGACAACACAAACAAGCAAACAGGAAGGAAGAAGAAGGAUAAGAGAAUAUUAUCAAUGAAAUAAAGAAGGUCUGGAAGGCUACACAAGGCCACGGGGCGAAUAAUAAUAAGGGGAAGACCUGCAACACCGCAAUUAUGAAGGCUCCAAAGGGGAAGCAAGGGACGAAGGGCACCAAGCAGAUCAUGCAGGAGAACACGGACACGCUUGCCUUCUACCGCAACAUGAUCCUGGGCUCGGCCGCCGUGUACUUUGGGGUCGGCAUGAUUUUCUUCACCGCCUUCCCCAUGCUGGACUUGACGCUGGUGGUGCUGGCGGGCAUCGUCUUUGCCGCCUGCUACCACUUCAUGUCCUCGAUGGCCACCCCUAAGCUAGGCAGCGACGGCGCCAUCCUGGACGAAGGCUGUGACUUGAACAUCGAGGGCGGCAUUGCAGAGCACGUGAAAGACCUGGUGAUCCUGACCUCCGGAACCGUUGUCUUGGGCACCAUCUCCUCGUACUUCUGGCUGCUGUGGCUGCUGGCUCCGUUCCGCGGCGCCCAGAUGCUGUGGACCAACAUCCUGGGGCCGUGGUUCUUCCAGGAGGCGCCGGACGCCGAGCCUGAGGAGCGCGUGCUGGACAAGAAGCAGAGGAAGCUGGAGCGGAGGAUGAAGUACCGCUAGUAGAGGCGACAAGCGUAUAGCCCAGCGCUCAGGCGUUUGUGCGUUUGUUUGUGUGUGUUUCAUCCACGUGGUUGUUUGAUUUUUUUUAAUUUUCUGUGAUUUUUUCUUCCUCUCUUUUUCACAUUCCUUCAAAGUGCUGUUGAUGUUCUUCUUCCUCUUUAUGUUUACUCUUGCCCUUUCAUUUUUCCUCAUAUCCUUCCUUCCUAUCUUAUUUCUUCUCUCUCUCUUUUCCAUCCUUUCUAUGUCUUUUCCUCUUUAUGUUUUCUCUUGCCCUUUCAUUUUUCCUUAUAUCCUUCCUUCCUCUCUUAUUUCUUUUCUUAAUUUUUUCCAUCCUUUUGAUAAGUCUUUCUUUCCUUCCUCACAUAUUUUUAUUACCUUUUUCUUUUAUCCUAUACCCUUUCCAUCUUUAAUCCUUCUCUCUUGUCUCGUUUUUCUUAAUUCUUUUCCAUUCCUUCCUUAUCUCCUUUUUCACUCCUCCCAUCUUGUUUCAUGCUAUUUUUCCUCCCUUCUCUCCAUCUUCUGUUACAUAUUUUUUUUACUUUUUUCUUUUAUCCUAUACCCUUUCCAUCUUUAAUCCUUCUCUCUUGUCUCGUUUUUCUUUAUUCUUUUCCAUUCCUUCCUUAUCUCCUUUUUCACUCCUCCCAUCUUGUUUCUACUAUUUUUCCUUCCUGCUCUCCAUCUUCUGUUGUUAAGUUGAUUCCACUGUUGCCACAAAAACUCCAUAGACACUGUGAGGUUGAGAAUUACACGCUGCUGUUAUGAC